AUGCCGUCGUCAGAGUACACAUCCGCAGGCGGUGGGCUCAAGCUCAAGGGCGCGAAAAAUGCCGGCAUAGAAAAAAAGCGCAAGAAGAAGUCGUCCAAGUCAUCAGCAGCCGUCGCAGGCGCAGCUUCGUCCAAAGACACCACGCCCGCCAGAGACGCCGUCAACCCGGAGGACACGACAGAUCUGGAGCAAAGAGAAAAGAACAAGGAUCAAAGUCUCAUUCCAGAUGAUGGAAAGACGGAAUAUGAGAGACGACAUGAAGAGACAAGACGCAAACGCCUCGAGGAAAAGUUGAUGCGCGAAGGUGUCAAGACUCACAAAGAGCGCGUUGAAGAGCUGAACAAAUACCUCUCGACUCUGAGUGAGCACCACGACAUGCCUCGCAUCGGCCCUGGAUAA